ACAAGGCAGUGUUGUUGUUGUUGUGACCCUUCAACGAUAACCACCACCACCACCACAUCCCACACUCGCAUACGUACACGCACACGCAUACGGACACGCAUCCUCACGUUCACAGCAUCGAAUCCUGCACGCCAGCGCACGAUGCUGUUUGUUGUGGGUGCUCGUGCACCAUCAUUGCUGGUGACGGCAGCACCAUUGCGCGCUGUGCCAGCACUCUUCUGCACCGAGCGAACAGCUUCAGCGGCAACCGUUACGACCGGCGUGGCACACUCCGAUCGCCAAGAACGGCAGUGGGAGCAGGGUUGGAGGCAGCAGCGCUCUCACUUUGCCACUCUGGCGGGCAGCGCCCCCCACAGCCUCGUGUCGUGGCCGUCGCUCCCGUCAACAUCGUCAUUGAAAGAUCGCAGUGACAUGGAUGACGAUGCGCUGUCAUCACCACGCGCAAGCGCUCGUCAUCAAGGUCUGACAAGUGAUGGAUCCCCGGUUCAGGUGUCCCGUCGCAAAGCUUCUUCCAUCGCCGCCAAGGUGCAGCACUUUCUCAGCAAGGAGAACACCAUCGCCCCACCAAACUACAACAGGUUCUGGAACGUCCCCUUCUCCUUCAUGGUGCAAGUGUCCGUGGGCUCCGUGUAUGCGUGGAGCGUGUUCAACUCUCCGCUGACGCGCGAUCUUGGCGUUGUCGCAUCCGCGGCCGACGACUGGACGCUGUCCCAGGUCCUGCCCAUCUUCUCCAUGUGCGCCUUCACCCUGGGCCUCACCACCGCCUUCCUUGGGCCGUGGGCGGAGCGCAAGGGCCCGCGCAUGGUGGCGACGGCCGCUGGUCUGGCGUGGGGCGGCGGGCUCAUGCUCACGGGUCUCGGUACCAUGCUGCACGAGCUGCCUCUCCUCUAUCUCGGAUACGGCGUCUUUGGCGGCAUCGGCUGGGGUCUUGGAUACAUCAGUCCCGUGUCAACGCUCAUGCGCUGGUUCCCUGACCGGCGCGGGCUUGCGACGGGCCUUGCCCUGACGGCGUUUGGCGGCGGUGCAAUGCUCGCCACACCCGUCAACGAGGCCCUCUUCUCCGCAUUCUACGAGAUGCCAACAUACCUCGGAGCCGUCGACAGCGUUGAUCUCGUGACGGAGAACGGGCGCCGCUUUGCUGAUGUUUCUGGACAAUUGCAGGAAGUCGUCAUUGCCUCGGCCACAGACCUCUCCAAGGCCGGCAUCAGCGGCGAUGCGGGCGUUUAUGCCGUGGGCACGGGCAGCACUGGCGCUGCCAAGACGUUCUUUGCACUCGGCGCAUCGUACCUCACCCUCAUGCUUGCCGGUGCCAUGGGGCAGCGUGUGCCCCCAGAGGGGUGGAAGCCAGAGGGAUUUGUUGAGCCGAAGACAGAGAACAAGAUGAUGACGAGUGGAAACGUGCACUACACAACGGCGCUCAAGACGCCACAAUUCUAUCUCCUGUGGCUCGCUGUCGCCGGCAAUGCCGUCGCAGGCGUCACCGUCAUGUCCUGCGCCAAGAAUAUCAUGACUGACGUGUUUGGCUCAGCGCUGCCGCACAUUGUCACGGGCACGUUUGCUGCUGGGUACGUGGCUGCGCUCAGCGGCAUCAACAUGGUUGGUCGCCUUGGCUGGGCUGCGGCGAGCGACUAUCUUGGACGCAAAAACACGUAUUUCCUGUUUGGUUUGGGCAUCCCAGUCAUGGCAGGCCUUCCCUCCCUCACAAACUACCUCAUCGAGAACCCCGCCACCACCCCGCUGUACAUCUUCGCUGCCGGCACUGCUCUCACCAUGAGUUUCUACGGCGGAAUCUUCUCAGUGCUGCCUGCGUAUCUUGCCGACAUCUUUGGGCAGAAGCACGUUGGUGCCAUCCACGGACGACAGCUGACGGCGUGGAGUGCAGCCGCGCUCGGCGGUCCUCUCCUCCUCUCCACUCUCCGUGACUCAUCGUACAAGGCCGCGGUGGACGAUUUGGCCGGAAAGUGCGACCCCGCCCUCUUCCAGACAAAGUUUGGCGCGCCCAUGUCAUCGCUCUCAGAACUCGUGGAUGCAAAGACCGUCACUAUCGGGAGCCUGAUGGAGAUUGCGCCUGCGGGGACGCUUGACCCAACGCCGUCCCUCUACAACACCGCGCUCUACAGCAUGGCCGGCCUGCUCACAUGUGCCGUCCUCUGCAACGCCAUGAUCAGGCCUGUGGACCCCAAGUAUAUGCUGAAGGAGAACAAAGCCCCACCACCACCAGCAGUAGCACCACCAGCGGCGGCAGCUACGACAAAGCAGCAGUAGCCAGGGAGUUGUAAUCGCGAGUGAUGCAGAGGCCUAAGUCUUGUGCAUGUGGGGUGUUAUCAUUGUUUCUUCGUUCCGUGCUGUGCUGCGCUGUGUGCAACGUUGGCGCAUAUUUCUCGGUCGGUCACGAUUCUCUGUGUGUGAGGUGGAAAUGGUACACGCACAUACCCCAACGCAACGGCAGUAAACAACCCGCUAGUUCCA